UUGUACUACAGAUGAUUAUUGUUGAAUCCAAUGUCAAUGUCAAUUUAGCAGACAAUGUCGAUGAAGAUAGUUUAAAAAAAGAGCCAACAUUUUGGUUAUUACAAGAAGCUGAAAACUAUUUCUAUUUUGAAUGGACUCCAUUUUAUGAAUUAAAAAGUGAUGCAUUAAAGCUGAAUUCAAAAAAAUCUGAUAUAACAAGACAAUUAAAAAUGGAUGAAACUGCAUCAAAAUUACAAACUAUUGGUACAGCAUGUAUAAAUGAAGAGUAUACUAUUACAGAUCAUCGUUUACACAUUUAUUUGAUUGAUAGUGUCAAUUCAAAAAGGAAAUUAAAUUAUAAACGUAUUUUUAGAGUGCAAAGUCCAACAAUCGGGAUGACAAAUAAAAAGCCCGCAUACAUAACAUGGAAAAUAAACGAAAAAAUUUGCAAUCCAUACGAUGCAAUAGUGAUUUUUAAAAAAGAUUCAACAGGAUUUCAUCGAAUGCAUAUUGUCUCUGUUGAUGAAACAGCAUUUUAUUUUGAUGAAAUAUUACAAGACCAAGAAGAGAUUAUUAUUACAAGUUAUCAUGAGAAUAUGUUUGGUUUAUCUGAAUUAGAAAUACGGAAAGAAAUCUGAUAAACCAGAUCGAUCAAUAAAUAUGGACAUUACGAGGAAACGUGUUAUAGGAGCUCACUUCACCUGGAAAAUAAUGUAAGUUUAGGAAUCUUUAAAUUAGGAAAAAGAAUCCCAUACUAUUCACUUAUUCAUCUACAAAUAAUUCUUAGGAGGCCUACAAAAGCGUUUGAUGUUUCAACAGAUCUGUAGGAGAAAUAUCAUGGUUUCAAUAAUAAAUUUCCUACUUCACAUCAUCUUCAUAGUAAAAAGUUAGAUAUCAGUUAUAUUGUAGUGAACUAAAACACGGGUGAGGGCAAUCGAAUCUAUUACAGAGUUACUUGAUAAAAUAGAAAAACCAUAUACUAAAUCGUUAAUUUGCAAAUUAUUUAUUCAUCAUAUCAAACUGGACUGUUCCUGUCACAAACAUUAUGUGACGACGGACCACCGGUGAGCUCGAGGAAGCUGUAAGAGGCUCAGAAGGAGCCGAAGACGUUCCAUCCAAUCACCUGUCGGAAGAAUGUUCUAGAAUUCCAACGUGUAGCUUCCCCAUUGGAUAAUGCUAAUAACCCCCUGUACGCGGAUUGGAAGACUGUAAUGAUGAUUUCGUUCUCACUAAAAACUAUAAAUACCUGAUAAAUUUUUACUAUGUUUGACACUGUUUGGAAUAAUAUUCCUUUCGUUAGUCUUCUGUCUUCUUAUUGCGACUUGGAAGGGUUUGGUGUUCUAGUGCUCAGUUAUACGCGGUUGUAUCAAGAAAAAUCAGCUUUUUCAAGUUAUAACACAUUAAUUGAUUGUUUCACAUUUCAUUAUUCAUGCGUUUUCAUACAAAUAUCAUUGUGCUCCAGCUCUUACUUUCCUGAUCUUUACCCAUCUUCUGCUGCCAGACAUUACAUUCUUGACUCACGUCAUAUACUACUUAUAUCAAUAUAAGUAAUACAUACCACAGUAUCAUUACUAUUAUCACUAAUAAUUUGCUGAAAUUACUUUUAACAUUUCUGGCUUCCUAUUUUCCUUUCUUUAUUUUAGAGGAAUUGGGAUGAUCUAUCUUGUGAUAUUUAUUUGCAUUUGUAUAUGUAUAUACUUUACAAUCAAACAUUAAAUGAAAUUAGUGUUUCCUACUUAUGUAUGGCAAAAUGUCUUCUUGUACACAAAUGAAUAAAAACCGUUGUAUAUAAUUAAAUUAAUCUUGGA